GGGGGAAGGCAAAACGACCACGGUUCCUUGUCAAUAAAUUGAAAAGAAACAAGAACCGUGGAACCGACAAAGAAACAAAAGAAAAACGAAAAGCAAAACCCCAGAAGUCCAGAAGAUAAAGUAGAAACACACGCUACAUCACCACCACAACCACCACCACCACCACCACCACCAACAACAACAAAAGAAAUGGGUAACCACAAUUUGGCCACUUUGAUGAGCAUAUCUGUGGUGGUAUUGAUGAUGGUUACAAGCGUGGCAAAGGCACAGACAGCAGAUUGUGCAUCGAAGCUGGUGCCAUGUGCAAGCUACAUAAACUCAACAAGCCCACCAGCCAGUUGCUGUAACCCAAUCAAAGAAGCCGUGGCCACCCAGCUUCCUUGCCUCUGUGCCCUCUACACCAGCCCUGGUGUGCUUAAGUCUUUUGGCAUCACCGUUGAACAGGCUCUAAAUCUCACCCGUGCCUGUGGUGUCGGCACAGAUGUCACUAAAUGCAAUGGCACAGCUCCAUCUCCGACUUCUGGGUCUGUAUCACCUCCAGGAGUACCUGGAAGUGAUGGCAAUGGAGCAGGCAGGAUUGCGUGGACUGGCUUUUCUACUUUAUUCUUCUUCUUGGCUUCUAUGAUGUUUUAUUAGGGCUACCUACUCAUAGGAAAAGAUACAGUAAUCAGAGUAAAUAAUGCUGAGAUUAUUUCGGUAUUAGGCAGCUGCCUUCCGAGAGCUUAUUUAUGAUAAUUUUUAUAUGUUUUCUAUUGCUAUUCAAUUGAUUUGAACAGUGUUAUCAUUCUAGAUCAUUUCCUACU